AGGGAAUGAUAAUUGUGAUGUACUGCUAGGCUGCAAUUUGAUUGGCUGAGAUUUGAACGCGACGCCGCAAAGGUGAAUUCUGAUUGGUUUGGUUAUUUCAUGGGAAAAAAGUAAGGAAAUGUUUGAUGAAGUAUUUGCAAAAGAAGACGCGAGGACCACACAUUGUGCUUUACAUUCAGUGCUGCAGGAUGCCGCCGUCGGGUAAACGCGCCCUGCGCAGAGAGGAGCUGCAGCUGGAGCUGGCGUGUGAGUGGGGCUCGUGUCAGGAGACGUUUGACAGGAUGCAGGAGUUUUGCCAGCACGUGGAGAAACAUUAUAAAGCUACCGUGGACAGUGAGACAGACUUACCAGAAGAGGAGCAUAACUGUCUGUGGAGAGACUGUGGCUUCUGCUCAGUGGAAGGAAAUGCAGAGCUUCUCAGACACAUGUUCUUUCAUUGCUACCACACCAAGUUGAAGCAAUGGGGUCUUGCUAUACUCAAGGGCCACAGUGACAUGGGUGCCUGUUCGGUCGGCCUCCAUAACCGCAACAUUGUGCCUGAGGUCCAAGAGAACUUCCUUUGUCUUUGGGAGCACUGUGAGAUGUCUAUGGAUAAUCCGGAGUGGUUCUACAGACAUGUGGAGAUGCAUGCCCAUUGUCUCGAGGCUAAUGAAGAGAAUGUGUUGUUCUGUGGCUGGAAAGACUGCGAGGCCUCUUUCAAGGGCAGGUUUAAGUUGCGAGAGCACAUGCGUAGCCACACACAGGAAAAGCUGGUGGCAUGUCCGACCUGUGGAGGAAUGUUUGCCAACAACACAAAGUUCUUUGACCACAUUCGACGGCAAACCUCCAUAGAAUGUCAAAGAUUUCAGUGUUCUCACUGCUCUAAGCGUUUUGCCACUGAGAGGCUGCUGAGAGACCACAUGAGGAACCAUGUCAACCAUUAUAAAUGUCCUCUUUGUGAUAUGACCUGUCCAUCACCAUCCUCGCUGAGAAACCACAUCAAAUUUCGUCAUUCCAACGAGAAGCCUUACAGCUGUGACUACUGCGAGUACAGCUGUAAAAACCUGAUAGAUCUGCGGAAGCAUUUAGACACGCACAGCAGUGAGCCAGCGUAUCAAUGUGACUUUGCAGAUUGUGACUACUCCACUCGCUCGCUUUACUCAAUCAAGAACCACUACAAGCGCAUUCAUGAGGGAGAUUACACUCCUCGCUAUAAGUGUCACGUGUGUGAGCAGUGCUUCACCCGGGGGAAUAACCUCACUGCCCAUUUACGCAAGAAACAUCAGUUCAAAUGGCCUUCAGGACACCCGAGAUUUAGGUUUGAAGUCUUCCUCUUUGACUUUGCUUUUGUUUUCAGAAAGCUCUUGCUAG